AUGGCAGAGUUUGAUGACCAGCACAGCAGAGUUCCCGAGGCAGUCUUUUUAGGUGUACUAUGGGCUCUCACAGGCACAUCGUUUAUUUUUGUCGUAUUCCGCAUCUAUGCUCAAGUCACCUCUUUCCGUCGACUAUUUCUAGAUGACUUCCUGGUUGUCCUCGCAUGGGUCAUUAUACUUACAGCUGCGGUUAUUUGGCAAGUUGAGGGAAAGGUUCUUUACGAGUUAUACGCAGUCAGCGCUGGCACAGAGGCAUUCAAUCUUGAAUUCCUGCCGAGGUACAAUAAAUUCAUGCGCUUUAAUGCUCCAUUUGAGAUACUAUUCUAUUCGGCGCUGUGGUGUGUCAAAUUCUCAUUCAUGGCACUCUUCUACCGAAUCAGUGCCAAGGUCAAGCUUCUCCGUAUCUGGUGGUUCGUGGUUCUUUUCUGCACAGCGAGUGUCUAUAUUGCAUCGGUGGCCGAUAUCGAAUACAAAUGCAGUUUCGGAGGACUGGAAUAUAUUAUCACUGAAUGUCCUCAACCUAACCACGUUCAUUACGAGAAUCGCAUGUUCUGGGCGAACUGUGCUGGGGAUAUUAUCACGGACUUGAUGAUUCUCUCUAUUCCCUUCCUUGUGUUAUGGAGAACACGAAUCUCGCUCCGCAAAAAGCUCAUUCUACUCAGCAUUUUCUCGGCAACUAUCUUCAUUAUGGUCACCGCUGUAAUCCGGGUGGCGGUCGAGAUGACAUAUGACCGUCAGAUGAAUAUCGACUGGCUGUGCUUCUGGAGCUUUGUUGAGGUUGAUGUUGCUAUUAUUGUCUCCUGUGUCGCCUCUCUCCGGCAGCUCUUCGUCACCUCCCAGAAUCAGAGCUCAUCUGCAAGGGCUGCUUACAAUGAUACAAACGAUCCCAUUCUGAAGAAGUCAAAAGAGGGGUAUAGCCAAGAUCUAUCAUGGUCUGUGGGAGAGGUCGAGCCAUCCACAAAUGAUGAGGUGCCAAUGUCGCCCUUGAGCGUUGUACAUGUUCGUCAAGAUUUUGAAGUGACUCGCGCUAAUCCAGGCCAGUCUGCUAAUUAUAAACAGGCAUGCAGACAAGAGACUAGUUUUGACUAG